AUGAAUCUUGUACAAAAGCUCAUGUUGUCGAACGCGAGGAAAAUAUUGCCGCUACUGCUCGACAUGAAAGUUCUAAAACUCCAGACGACGACAAAUCAGCGAAUGGUGAAACGACUACGCUUCGUCUGCAGUUGGAGAAAAUUGCAGACUGAAGUCGAAGCCAAGAGCCAUACUAUUGCUGCAGUGUUGAUUGCUGCAUUUGAUAGUCAACACAUUAUCCGCGGAUUAAAAUACAGGUUGCAACAAGUUAAAGAAGCUCAGCGCCGCCGAUUAUUGGAUAGCAAGAGCAAUAGUUUGAAUAAUGCAUCAGAUGAAAACGCUAAAGGCGACUCUAUUAAAUAA